AUGCCUAUCCUGCUGAACUGGAACGGAGAGUUUAACCGGCCUGAUUGGCACUUCGCAGGUUCUCACAUUUCGAAACUGGAGUCCCUUCUUUUUGCGCUUGAUACGGUCUACGAAGAGGACCACGCUGCCGAUAACGACAUUGCACUCAUGGUUGACGCCUACGACAUAUGGUUUCAGCUCCCUCCCUCAGCUCUUCUUGAGAGAUUCCACAAGUCAAACCUCGAGGCGGACAAAAGACUGCAAAAAACGUGGACGGAUUCCGGUUAUGAUCCUCAGUCCCCCGCCCCCCCGCCAAAACAAAACAUAAUCAUCACCACAGCCAAGGAUUGCCAGCCCGGCGCAGAAUCCGGUUCUCAGCCCAACUACCCUCACUGGCCUGACUCGCCACUGCCUUCGGACUUUUAUGGAGAAGAUACGGACAAGAUCGACCCUUCUGCGGACUCUGCAAGAAAAUACAGGAGAGUUCGACCGAGAUGUGUGAACAGCGGAAUGAUCAUGGGGAAAGUGGGAGCUCUGCGAGCGGCACUUCGAAGGUGUGUAGAGAAGGUCGAAGCCGUCUCAAAGACAGGGCGCCAACUAUGGAGCGACCAGGCCUUGAUUGCGGAGGUCAUUGGAGAGCAAGAGAUGUGGCGCGAAUGGGUCCGUUCUGUCCUGCCACCUGUCAAUCAGAACCGUCCGCAGGACUUGUCCAGGGAAGUUCGGAAGGUUGCGGAAGCAGCUCUCGACGGGCAGCGCUUUGAGUUCGGAAUCGGCCUAGACUACACCUUCAGCACGAUGCCUCCAACCUGCUCGGCUGAAGAGGAUGGCUCAUUUGUCAGAUGGGUCGACCGAGAAGCCGUGCAUAAGGCGUCAGAGAAGGCCGGCGUACCAGGCAGUGUCAGAGUGCCCGAUGUGCCAACAGAUCUCGGAGGCUCAGACAGCCCUUUGCAGGGAGGUGGACUCUCGUGGGCUGAUGUCCCUCUCUACACUGACUUCUUCUUCGGCAACGCUCCGGUUGCAAUCCAUCACAAUGCAUACAUCUCGGGUCUGAAAGCAUGGAGGUUGGAGAAUUGGUGGAACAUGACGUGGUUUUACCCACAUCUUCGAGACUUGGUCACUAUUCAGCUCCAGCAGCAGGAAAGUCCAAGGCCACUGGCGACGAUUGCCGCUGGGGCGACGGAGCAAAAGGAGAUUGUCUACUGGGCACCACCAGAGGAUUCGGGUAGGAGAACGAUCAAAAGCCUCAGGUGGUCAAAUGACGGGGCGGAAACAACAGUUGUGGAUUGGGACGGCAUCUGCCUGAAAGGUCAAACGAAGUGGCAUGAGCUGAUUUUUGGUGACAAGGAGGAAGCUGUGUCAAUCUAA